UGCUUCAGCGGAAGAGCCGAGAGCGGUGGCGCGCGGAGAACCGGGCGAAGUGGAAGAAACAACUUGCGGCAGAUCAACCAGGACUUUUCCGUUUAUCUACAUUAUUUUGAUUUUUUCGGUCCCUCUGGUAUUUUAGGAACUGCCUAUUUUUACCACCACACUGGCCGGAUUUCUCUUGAGACAGCGCCGAAAGAAAGGGGGCGAAACAAGAAGAGAGUCCUGGAGAGAUCAGCGCCGCGGAGGAGACUAGUCUGUGCGCGGAGAGGAGAGCGAGUGGCCAGCUGUCGGCUGUGCGUCUUUGCGCGGUGGCGACCGAGGACCGAACUAGACUCCGCUGUGGUUCUCCCUCGGCGUACAACGAAAAGGGAGGGGGCGGGGGGGAGGUAACUUGCUUUUGUGAGUCUCUGGAGAAGAUCUAGUGUCAUUUGAACAGAAUCCGAAGGGAAGCCUGUCGGAUCAUAGCAGCACUCUGCUCCUCCACGCAUGUUGGAGGUAGAGAGAGGAGGGCUGGAUGCUUGCGGCUUUGCGAGUCCUCAAAACGCAGCCAAGGAUUAGCUCCAGCUCGGGCACCGUUUGACGGAGUAACAACGCAACACCAUCAACGGAGAGUGAGGCCAUUUCUUCUUCCACCUCUCCGGGAGGGAUAUGGCACGGUGCGCGCUGGAGAGAGGAGCGCAACCGGCACAGGCGAGAGGAAACAUGAGCUGAAUGACAGGAUGCCAGCGACCGGAGCUCCUACACUUCUAACUUCGUUUUAUUUAACAGACGCUCUCACUUUAUUUUAGUCCUUGUCGAGAGAACAGUACUCGCUGCAGGAACCUGCCGGAGGAGUUUCGUUAACGGAGUUUUUUAAAAUCUUUUUUGUAUGCGUAAUUUAAUUUUUGGGGUGAGGAAACAAGGAUGCAUUGUGGAUUAGUCUUGAUCCUGUUCAUGGGAAUCCUUCUGGUGGUCAAGGCUUUCAAAAACGAUAAAUGUGGAGGCAACAUCAGAAUCUCAACCGCCAACUACCUCACCUCGCCCGGAUACCCCCAAUCCUACACCCCUUCCCAGAGAUGCGUGUGGGUGAUAUCCGCGCCUGGUCCACACCAGCGGAUACUCAUCAACUUCAAUCCGCAUUUCGAUCUGGAGGACCGGGAGUGCAAGUACGACUACGUGGAGGUGAGGGACGGCGUGGAUGAGAGCGGCCAGCUUGUGGGGAAGUACUGCGGGAAGAUCGCUCCCUCUCCGGUCGUCUCCUCCGGAAACCAGCUUUUCAUCAAGUUUGUGUCUGACUACGAGACGCACGGGGCAGGCUUCUCCAUCCGCUAUGAGAUCUUCAAGACAGGUCCUGAAUGCUCCCGGAACUUCACCUCCAACAGUGGUGUCAUAAAGUCCCCCGGUUUCCCAGAGAAGUACCCCAAUAACCUGGACUGCACUUUCAUGAUCUUCGCCCCAAAGAUGUCUGAGAUCAUCUUGGAGUUUGAAAACUUUGAGCUGGAGCCCGACCCGACGCCCCCCACCGGAGUGUUCUGCCGCUAUGACAGAUUGGAGAUCUGGGAUGGCUUCCCUGGAGUCGGCCCAUACAUCGGGAGGUACUGUGGGCAGAACACGCCAGGCAGGAUCAUCUCUUACACGGGCAUCCUGGCACUGACAAUCAACACUGACAGCGCCAUCGCCAAGGAAGGCUUUUCAGCCAACUUUACCGUGAUUGAAAGGACCGUUCCGGAGGACUUUGACUGCAGCGACCCUCUGGGAAUGGAAUCGGGAGAGAUAACAUCGGACCAAAUCAUGGCCUCGUCCCAGUACAACCCAAGCUGGUCCCCAGAGCGCUCAAGACUCAACUACUACGAAAAUGCAUGGACCCCAGCAGAGGACUCGAACAAAGAGUGGAUACAGGUGGACCUUGGGUUCUUGCGGUUCGUCUCGGCCAUUGGCACGCAGGGCGCUGUUUCCCAGGAGACCCGGAAGAUCUACUUUGUCAAGUCCUACAAAGUGGAUGUCAGCUCCAAUGGAGAAGACUGGAUCACUUUGAAGGAAGGCUCCAAACAAAAGGUUUUUCAAGGCAACACUAACCCAAUAGAUGUUGCCAAGACGAUGCUGCCCAAACCCACGCUGACGCGCUUUGUCCGGAUCCGUCCCGUUACCUGGGAAACAGGCAUCGCACUGCGCUUCGAGGUGUAUGGAUGUAAGAUAUCAGAGUACCCGUGCUCCGGCAUGCUGGGCAUGGUAUCGGGUUUGAUCACCGACAACCAGAUCACUGCAUCCUCCCAUACGGACCGGAGCUGGGUACCGGAGAACGCCCGCCUUCUGACCAGCAGGACGGGUUGGACCCUGCUGCCUCAGCCCCAGCCCUUCACCAGCGAGUGGCUGCAGGUGGAUCUUGGUGAGGACAAGGUGGUGAAAGGGUUGAUCAUCCAGGGAGGGAAGCACCGUGAGAACAAGGUCUUCAUGAAGAAGUUUCGCCUUGGCUACAGCAACAAUGGAUCUGACUGGAGGAUGGUGUUGGACACCAGUGGGAACAAGCCAAAGAUGUUUGAAGGGAAUAGCAACUACGACAGUCCUGAGCUGAGGACGGUGGAGCCCCUGCUGACGCGCUUCAUCAGAAUUUACCCGGAGAGGGCCACUCCUGCUGGCAUGGGCCUGCGGCUUGAGCUUCUGGGCUGCGAGAUGGAAGCUCCUACACUCUCCCCUACCACCCUCGUCCCGAGCACUACUCCGUCGGACGAGUGUGACGAUGACCAGGCGAGCUGCCACAGCGGCACAGGUGAUGACUACGACGUGACAGGGGGUACCACGAUACCAGAGACCACUACUGCUGAUGUGGAUGGCAUCGCAGCUUUCCUGUGGUUUGCCUGUGACUUUGGAUGGGCCAAUGAUCCGUCCUUCUGCAGCUGGACAUCAGAGGACACUGGGUCCAAGUGGCAGAUUCAGUCCAGCGGUACCCCCACCCUCAACACUGGACCUAACAUGGACCACACAGGUGGAUCAGGUAACUUCAUAUACACCUUGGCAACAAGUCCACAAGAGACCGAGGUGGCUCGGCUGGUCAGCCCACUGGUCAGCUCUCCGGACUCAGACCUGUGCAUGUCCUUUUGGUACCACAUGUUCGGGGCCCACAUUGGCACACUUCAUAUAAAGCAGCGCAAGCAGACUGUUGAGGGACCAGCUGAUAUCCUGCUAUGGACGGUCAGCGGUCACCAAGGCAAUCGCUGGAGGGAAGGUCGUGUUCUCGUGCCCCGCACCAACAAGCCCUAUCAGGUGGUUAUCGAAAGUCUGGUGGAGAGAAAAAGCUGGGGAGACAUUGCUGUGGAUGACAUUAAGGUUCUCAAUGGACUCAGCAUGACAGACUGUAAAGAUCCUGACGUUCCCACUGAGCCGAUGCUACCAGAGGAUACCUUCAACGAAAUCCUGGAGGAGAUCACUGAAUACCCCGACUUUGUGGAGACCAACCAGAUCAGCGGAGCCGGCAACAUGCUGAAGACGCUCGACCCCAUCCUGAUCACCAUCAUUGCCAUGUCCGCCCUGGGGGUCUUCCUGGGGGCCAUCUGUGGCGUGGUCCUGUACUGUGCGUGCUCGCACGGAGGCAUGUCAGACAGGAACCUGUCGGCCCUGGAGAACUAUAACUUUGAACUCGUGGAUGGGGUCAAGCUAAAGAAAGACAAACUCAAUGUACAGAGCUCAUACACAGAGGCGUGAAAUGGGACCGGGAGCAUUCGCGUGACUGUAUGACAUGCACAGCUCGCAGAGCGUGCACAAGACUGGCUAUAGGCAUAUCCUCUCAUAUAUCCAUGUGUAGACCGGCUCAAAGGACUGCCAAAGCCCUCAACUCACUGGAUGAGGGACAUGUUCAGGAACCAAUAGGAGGGUCAGACUGAUCCAUGCUUUUCUCAGGAGCUGCAGUAACAAUAACCUACCAGUAGGGGACACUGUGUACAGAUGAAAUACGGAAAAAUAAUUAUGUACAGAUGAUUUAGAUGAUAUUUUAAUUUUCUAUUUUGAUUUCAUUCAUUUUUACAAUCGGAUGCUGGUGUUGAGACCAAUUUAUUAAUAAUGUUUAAAGUAUUUAUCGUUUUCUGGGGAAAGACAUUUUUGUUUGUUUUUAUUAUCAGUUCACAAAGGCUGUUGUUUAAUUUCAAGUUUGAAAGAGACGUAUCAAAAUCAUUAAUGAACCAUAUCCGGCAAAACUGUAGAUUUGCCCUAGCAUACAGGGUCUGCUCAUAACUCACAACCCUGAACCAUGUACCCUGUCCCCUUUGACCUCUGUCACUCUAUUGUGAGGGUCCCACUCAUGGCAAUGUAUGGUUCUGACAGUGCCUUUUGUACAUUUGGGUUCAGCCUCCUCCUUGAUUUGGGUGUUUUGUUAUAAUCACAGGAAACGGGGGCACAUUCUCUUAUAAAUACCCACAGAACAGGAAGACAGUCUACCACAGCGCUUUGUUUUUUUUGUUAUUUUGUGUUCUCUGUCCAAAAACCACACACUGUAAAUAUGUUUUAAUAUAUUUUGUUGCCCUUUUUAAAGAAAGGAAAAAGGAAAAAAAGCUGCAGUAUCCCUUUUUUAAUGGGUUUCUAUUUGUGUAAAUACAAUCUUCUGACUGUUUUGUGGAAGGUGCAGUGUUAUGUAUUGUUUUUUUUGGUAAUUUUAGAUUAAUUUGCUCAGACAGUAAGAUUUGUGUGGUCUUACAGCGUUUUUCAAUGUGCAUUCAAGCCAUCUGUCAUCAAAAUACACCCACUUCACAGAAAACACCAAAAGAUAAAGAUGAAUCAAAAGGUAACAAAACAGAAAAAAACAACAACAAUGAACUCUUUUUUGACUAAUCUCACAUAUCUUCAUCAUAUCUCCUCAACGAGCUGUUGAAAUAUAUAAAAUCGCUAACAGCAUACCAAAAAAAAGACAAAAAAA